CCUGCUUCCUGAGUUGAUGAUACCAUGGCGAAGUUCGUACUGGCAGGAAAAGCAAACUGUCCCUAUUAUGCCAAGGCUGAACUCCUUGCGGAUUAUCUUCAAAAGAAUCUUCCGCACUUCAGAGUGCACAAGAUCACCCAACAUCCUGAUGACUGGGAGUCAUGGCUAACAAAAGUGUGUGGAAAAAACGGAUGGAAGUACAAAGGGUCCCCGAUAAUAUGGAGAGAGCUGGUACAUCGAGGAGGAAAGGGGUUACUACUUGGAGGGUUCAAUGAGUUCCUGGAACAUGCUCAGGAGUAUUAUAAUAUUACUUCAGCCAUGGUGACCGCACACAUGACGGCAAUUGCAGCAGAGAACUUGGAGACUCACGUUGAAGUACAAAAGGAGCAGGAGGAGAUUCAAAACAAAUUUAACCCUUUACAUGUCUGGAUAACAAGGGCAUCAAUGCCAGCAUGCUAUAGUCUGAUCCCUGUUUUGGCCAGUGGUGAAGUGUUUGGGAUGAACAAAGAGAUUUGGUUACACUUGAUGGACACCGAUCAGUGCACAGAAACUCUUCAAGCUUUAGUAAUGGAAGCAGUAGACUUGGCAUUUCCACUUCUCCGGAAGGUCACCAUUCACACAAUCACUGAAGAUGCGUUUCUGCAGGCCAACUAUGUCAUAGUUCUUGAUGAUGUCCUUACUAAGGAGGAUGAAUCCCCUGAAGAAUGUGUGAAGAUGGUCACCAAAGAGUGUGCUCAGUAUGGCUCUCUCAUUGAUCAGAAUGCCAAUAAGGAUGUCAAAGUGAUUGUGGCAGGGAGCAGCUAUGUGAACCUCAAGGCUCUAGUGAUUGCUAGCCGAGCACCAUCCAUCGACCAACACAAUAUAGUAGCAUUGCCCACGCAAUUGGAAUUUGAAGCUAAAGCUCAGAUAGCAAAGAAGCUGAAUAUACAUUCAGCAACUGUUAAGGAUGUCAUUGUCUGGGGCAACAUUGGUGGAAUUAACCACCUUGAUCUUCAUGAAGCAAAACUUUACCAAUAUGAUAGCUCCGUGUGGGGACCUCCCAACUUCUCCCGUCCAUUGCUCAGUAUGAUACAUGACAGGAAAUGGCUGAAGGAUGAUCUCGUUAAAGAAUGGAAUAAGCGGAGGGAGCACCGUAACGGCAUGUCAACUGCUCGAUCUAUAGCCAAAGUCUUGUCCUGGUGGCAAAAUGAUUCAAAUACACAAGAGAUUGUGUCGCUGGGUGUAAUAAGUGAAGGGCACUUUGAACUCCCUGUUGGUAUUGUAUACUCCAUGCCGGUACAGUUCCAGCAUGGAGAAUGGCAGGUGUACAAGCAUGUUAACAUUACAGAGGAAACAAAAGAAGCUUUAUUACAGGCAGCAAACGAGCUCAUCAAGGAAAAAGUGAUUGCAUUUGGAGUACCUGGAGAAGAGCCUAAAGAACAUUUGCAUACUGGGAAAGGUAUAUCAUUUGGCACAUUUCUACAAAAGGCAACAAAUGGUCCGCAAUCUAUAUGCCCUUCAUGUUGCACUCAAGACACAUCAACAGAACGUGGAGAGGUUUUAUCUACUCAGCCAAGUGCCGAUGAUCACUUGCCCACAGAAGGAAGUACCAAUGAUCAACCUGAUAGCAUGAGCUGAACCUCUUUACUGCUAAUAUUAUUACAUUAUACAUUGUUUGUAGUAUCUUUGUACUAUUUCUAAAUAUGAUGGUUGAUUGCUGGGCUGAUUGUAAAAGUGUUAAAUUAAAUAUUAGCAACAUUAUCAAUAAAACUUUUGAAUGUCCA